CCAACACUUUUCACGUUUAUAUUUUUGUUCAGUGUAAAUGUAUUGUAUAUGUAAAAAUAUACAUUUGCAAAGCAUUUGGAGUGUUAUUCGAAUGAGUUCCGGCCCAAAACAAGGCCAAUAUUAAUACAUAGUGUGCUGUGCAGUUCAUUUUAGUUCAUUUUCACAUAUACAUUUACAUUUUGGCAAUUUAGCAGACACUCUUAUCCAGAGUGACUUACAGUCAGUGCAUUCAACUAAGGGAGAUAAACAAGUCAUAGCAAGUAAAACAUUUCUGUAGGCGUUACUGGGAAGGUUGCUGCUGUUCGGGCCGGCUACUUACAAAUGUAUUUCUGUAUUUUAAAAUACAAUAUACAUGUAUAUAACUAAAUACAUUUAAAAAUACAAGUAUUUUGUGGUUCACUUUGAUACAUUGAUCUUUAUGGUAUUUUGUCAUUGUAUUUUGUCAUUUUUGCCCUUUCCCGAUUCACCCCAGGCAUAAGCCUACAUACCCAAUUGCUCUCCCGGAGGAGGGUUGGCCAACGUGCAGUCGCAAAGUCUGCCAUAUGUCUUACAACAAUCUGAUGCUUURAAAUCCCCGAGGGGGAGUGAGUGAGUACAGGUUUCCAGGCGAAAGGGGAGAAUGUGAAUUGGGCUACAAGUCUGGACUGUUGAGAUGUAAACUAUGUAGACAGACUGUGCAGUUGAAUGACAUGUUUGUUACGCUAGUCUAUACAAAAGGAUACGUUUGACAAAUAACAUUGCAGCUGCAGAUGAGAGUCUGCAUUUAUCCAGUCAAAGCGUCCUUAACAUCUGAUCCAAGACACCUGUGUGUCCUUUGUGCCAGUGGGUGUUAAUAUCACAGUAAUAUCACAUUAAAAGCAGUACCCAGUAUGCUGUUUAUACCUCAGUAAUAGCAGGCUACAGGUCCCAGAGAGAGACAUUUGAACACACUGAGUGUGUUAACAUAAUUCAUGGAGCAGAGGAUUGUGGGAAACAUAGUUACCUAGGAAACUGAGAGAUCCUGCACAUGCCACUGUCCCAAAGUACUGUCUGGGACCAAACUGCAGUAGCCUGGGUUAUUCUGUCUUUCUAGGUCAGGAUUUGUAUAGUGGUACAUUAGGCUACAGACAGAUUUACAGUAGGGUAUAUUAAUUAGAGCAUUAUGCAGGGCCUACAGACAUACAGGCCUAGUACUAUGAGACCACAUUGCUCAAUUAUGUUUAUCAAAAGAAUUCAAAUGAUCAAUUCAUAAUAAGGCCUAUGGGCUAGUAGGUCAUUAUAAAUCAAUGACAGAUGUUUGUUUGACAUUUCAGGUGGCCACAUGACCGUUAAACCAGUGGGAUGUUACGUCACUACUCACUAGUGUAUAGUUUAGUAGCGUCGUAUGUGGACCUUACGUUUUUCUGCGCUAUCACGCCCCCUCCGACGCGCUCAAUUAUUCUCUUCUGGCUGCCCACAGAGAGGAAGAGGCGAAGCGAGAGGGUUUACUCCGCCCGAAAUCUGUCCGUGAAAGUAAGUGAGAAAUGUUUGUAUGGCGGUCAAUGAGUGUGAAAUUUGGUCAACAGAAAAUUGAAUUGGUCAUUUGCUACAUGAGGCUUAUUUGGUCUAAUAUACGUUUUAUAAUGGUUCGGUUGUUGUUACAAAUGCACUGAUAUAAGUGGACACACGUGGCAUUUCGGCAACUUUGAAAAUAAAAAACACUUUAUCACGGAGUUUCAAAACCCAGACGGGGAAUGCGUGCGAAACAGAUCAAGACCAGGCUGGAGUUUGAGAAGUCAAUGACAGAAGUGAAAAUGUUUCUUUAGUUGUUCAUUUUCUAAAGAAAUCUAAAGMCACAACCUAGAUUCAAGCCAAUGUCUUAAGUKAUUGAACAUGUUAUUACGCCAACCUUGUGAAAGUGACAAACUGACACYUUUACAUUUUCAUCAAAAACUCUAUAUCGAAGGAGUGCCUUUGAUUUGCACAUGCCCAGUUCAGCGCCAUACGAUCAAUUGACCAGAUGACAUAUUACUGAGCAUGAGUUUAGCUAGCCAACGUCACUAUUGGAGAAGCAGUUUCUGCCGAUCUUCAUACUUGUAGGCCUACUGUCUUUGAUUUUUGUCAAAGCCCCCUCUCGUUGGCUAGAAUGGUCCCACCUGAUCUCGCCUCCUCCCAGCUGUCUUCCAUCUUUGAGGACAUGUAUUUCCAUUGUUAUGGCGGUCACUCGACUAUCUUAUCAAUAUAAUAGAAAAUCUUUGCUGUGGAUCAGGCGCUGUCAGGUGCAAAGCUGCUAAUGACACUACCGCAGCUCCGUUAAAAGUACAGAAUGUGCCACGAACGAAGAACAAGCGCUGCUCUCUGAUUCUCUCCGAGGAGAGAGAGAUCAACCAUGGCCAGCUGGCGGAGAGAGAGCCCGCGGAGCCGGGCAGGACUGGGAGGUAGCAGCCUGAGAGCAGCGAGGAAGCCCCGGCAGAAAGAUCCAUCCAGCGAGGUAGGGGACGCGGGCGAAUCAAUGACAGAGCUGCCACAAUUGUUACGGCUUUAUUUCUAUGGAAUGCACGGUGUCACUUUGGAUAUUCUCCUGUCGUCGGCACAGGGGAUUUGGGUUAACAGCGACCCAAAACUGUUCGGUUUUUCCUCCCCGUACCUCUGCAUCAUGCACUCGCUGACCCAUUUCUUGCUGGAAAAAAUAUAUUCGCAAAAGAAGUGCUUUCAAGGACGCCCAGUAGUUUUUCACCUUGUUUUCUAUCCCUCUGUGUACAUCGGGCUGCAGAUUCUGAUUGGGAAUAUUAACACGCUGACCGAGCACGUUAGAAUAGUCUCUGCCACRCAUCUCGUAGUUCACUACCUACUGUCCCUGUACUUCACCCAAGUAUUCCACAAGGGGCUUGCGCGGCUGCGCUACCYCUGCCCCGGGAAACGGACCAUGUCUACCCCGGAAGAGCGCACCCUGGAGUCGCUGCCUACUAACGGUCUGCCUGAUGUUGUGCGAUUCCUCUUCUUUGGAAUGCACGGCUUUCUGGACGAGAUCAUUUUUACCUCGAUUUUCAACCUUGUGGAGAAAUUGGACCGGACCAUGAGCGGCCACACGUCACUGUGGUCCUUCCUGAUGUACGGGAGCUGCAGCUUCGUGGUAGAGAAACUCUACCUUCAUUUACGCUUCAGACGGGGUUGGAGCACCUGGAGGCGGCUCCCCAUCUAUAUCUGCUUCAUCUACACCUGGGAGUUCUGUUGGGGGCUGGCGCUUCGGCAGUACGGCGCAUGCUCAUGGGACUAUUCCCACUAUCCAUUCAACUUCAUGGGCCUGAUCACGCUCCUCUACCUGCCCGGAUGGGUCUGCAUCAGUCUCUACCAGGAUAUUCUGUCCAACGUUCUGCUGCGCGUGGUGGUGUGUGCCAAAGACGAGGAGUGAGGGUACUCAGGGCAGGGCGCUGGCAUCAACGUCUGCCCUGUGUCCAGGAAAAAAAACUGUAUUAUAGGCCUAGGCCACAUUUGAUUUAGGGACUAUUGAUACUAAUACAAAUAAAGAAGAGGACAUUUAAGAUGAUCAAUGGUGUACCCGCACUUUGUAAAAUAAUGUGUAUUUCCCCAGUGGAAAUGUGGUAUUGAUGUAGCUGUUUAGACAGGCUCUAUCAGUGAUUCUAACGAAUAGCCUAUCAAUUUGUUACAGGUAGCCUAAACACAGGCAUGRCUUGCCUGGCAUGUGAUGACACAUAGACAUGCCUUCUGCUGUGAUGACAACUGCCAUUUCUAACUUUGAUGCAGAUGAAACAAUAUUUUACAUUUUACAKUUCACUUMCUUGCUCAUGAUUUUCGAGCUGUGAAUAAUUUCCUAAACUAUAUUGACAAAGUCAGCCAUAUGCAUGGCGGCACCAUUUGAUUUGGUUGGUCUCUUCAAUCCCAGAGCAUGCUCUGAACUAAUUUCUGCAUGGCUGCAUAUGCACAUUCGUGAUCACUUAAUUGCUUAAAUCUUAUUUUUUUUAUUUUUUUUAAAGCAUGACAUUUGGAAAUAAAAUAGUUUCUAAAAAGUUAAAAAUGUAUGUAGCAUGAGAUGUAAUCGAACAGAAUAGAACGGGUUGUGGACCGAAUUAAUUUCACUGUGAAUCUUUUUCUAAACCAAACGUUAACCUUA